CCGCCCGCGGCGCCGCGCGUGAGGGCAGCGCGCGCGCGGGGCCCGCGGCGGCGCCAUGAGCGCCGAGACGUUCGUGAAGGACAUCAAGCCGGGGCUGAAGAACCUCAACCUCAUCUUCAUCGUGCUGGAGACAGGCCGCGUGACGAAGACGAAGGACGGGCACGAGGUGAGGACGUGUAAAGUGGCCGACAAGACGGGCAGCAUCAACAUCUCGGUGUGGGACGACGUGGGCAACCUCAUCCAGCCCGGGGACAUCAUCCGCCUCACCAAGGGCUACGCCUCCGUCUUCAAGGGCUGCCUGACGCUCUACACGGGGCGCGGAGGCGACCUGCAGAAGAUCGGCGAGUUCUGCAUGGUUUACUCCGAGGUGCCCAACUUCAGCGAACCCAACCCCGAGUACGUGGCGCAGCAGUCGCAGAGCAAAGGCGCCCAGAACGAGAAUGCGAGCCCAGCUGCGUCGCAGACCAGCCAGGGCCCCUCCACAGCGUCCCCAGCCCCCGACAGCCAGAACGGGAACGGGCUGAGCACGGGGGGCCCUGCGCACCCCCCCAGCGCCCCCGCGCACCCCCCCAGCGGCCGCAUCACCCGCAGCCAGCCCAGCCACCCGGGCCCCGGCGCCGGCUCCGCCGCCGGCCCCGUCAGCAACGGAAAAGAGACGCGGCGGAGCAGCAAGAGAUAACGGGCCGGACCCCCGCCGCCCCGCUCCCGCCAGGCGCUCGGCCCCUGGCCUGCGACGGGGGCCCCCGGCCGCCCGGCCCCUGCCCCCGCAGGGUCCGCUCUCGGCCCUGAGCCUGGGGUCGCGGCGCUGGCUGGGCCCCAGUACGGCUCUGUGGGGUGAUGGGACGGCCGUCUCGCCCUGGCUCCCCGGCCGGCUGGGCGUGGGGUCCCCGCGCAGCACGGGGCUGAGCCGUGCGGCCGCUGCCACAGUCCCUGGGCCCCUCGGUGGUGUCGGGGGCUCGCGGCCCCCUGCCGCCUCCCCUCCUGCGCCCGGCCACCGCCCGCCGGCAUCCGCCCCGGGGCGGGCGGCGAGGACCUGUCCAGGAGUCGGUAAUAAAGGUUUUGCCUGCUG